AUGUCCGAGCUGCGCGACAUCGACUACUUUGAUCUCUAUUUCGGGUUUCCGGCCCCGGAGCCGGGCGUGCGGCCGGAGCCGGCAGCCGUGCCGGCCUGGCUGCUGACCCCCAAGGCCCGGACUUUCCUGCGCCUGGCCCGGCGAUUCCCACUACAAGCGCUGGCCACCACCGGCCGACUGGCGGGGGCCUUUCCCACCGACGUCCCGGCCAUGGACACGGUGCUGGAGCGGCCGGCCACCGGGGCCGGGGGCCUGGUGGACACCUUCCACCAGGUGACACUGGACCCGCGGGCCGUGGCCGUGGGCUGUUUCUAUGCGCUGCGGGUGCUGAGCCUGAUCCUGUGCGGGGCCGGGCGCGAUGGCGCCGGCAAUAGCACCCUGGCCGCGGUGGACCCGAUGACUCUGGCGAUCUUUCGGGCCGCCGGCGGGGCACAUGGCCGGCCAUAUGGGGCCCGGGUGCGCGAGGGGGAGCUGCUCUUUGCGCUGGGCCAGUUCCGGGCUUUUGCCCCGGCACCGGGGUUCCCCCGGUGUGCGGAGGCCGUGUCGGCCUCCCUUGCGGCCAUCCCGUCCGGGGAUCUCCUCCGGCAGGGGCCCCCCUCGGCCGAGAGCCUGUCCCCGUCGGCGGCCACGCUGGCCGACCUGACCCUGCCGACGGUGGACACCGACAGCGAUGACAGCAUGGGGCCCCUGUCGCCGGAUGGCGGGUCUCUCGGGCUGGUUGGCCCUCGGGGGACGGCGGCCCUGUUGGCCGGGAGCCCGGACCCACGGGAAAGCAUGCAGCUGGUGUACAUCAUUGACCAGCUUGGCUCCCACCGUGUGAACUUGCAAAAGCUGGUCCGGCGCGCGCUCGGCAUCCCCUACACCGUGGUUGUCGGCUCGGUGGGCGAGUUGUGCGACGAGCUGCUGGAUGAGCGCGGCCACUUGGUCCGGGCGGCCCUGCGCGGGACCGGCGGACGCGGGGGCUGGCGCCGGCGCCCGAGCGACGCCGCCCUCCUGCGCACGGAUUGCGUGGUCAUUCACUUUGUGCCGGAGGCCCAUGCGGCGACCGACAGCCCAUCCGACCAGCUGGGCGAGUGCCAAUCGGCCGAGGAGGCCUGGGAAUUCCUGGCCAAGCGCCUGGUUCGGUACUGGUCGAGGGUGUAUCUUCCGGAUGCCCUGCUGGCAUCGGGCCCGGCGGCGCCGCGCCAUUGA